CUGUCGCUGGUCGGCGACGUGCUGCCGAUCGGGGGACUCAAGGAGAAGGUGAUCGCUGCCAAGCGCAAUCGGAUUCGUGACAUCAUCAUCCCGCGGGCGAACGAGGUGGACAUCGCGGACAUUCCCCGAGCGCGUACGGCGCGACAUCAGCUUCCAUCCGGUCGGCACGAUGGAAGAGGUGAUCGAGAUCGUCUCUUGAGCGGCCGCAGCACCAGGAUCCUCCGGGCGAUGACGAUGGCCCUGGCAGCCGCCGUCACGCUGUCCGCGUGCGCCGGACCGAAGGAGCGGGCGUCGCUGCACGCGGCAUUCGGCGUCACGCUGGCAGAGCUGGCUGCGCUGAUCGAACCGUUGCCUGAGUCGGUUCGGGGCCGAAUCCUCGCCGAGCCGGCCGUGUUCCUGGAUCUGAUGGCGAAGACGCACAACCAGCCGGCGGACCUGCUGGUGCUGGUCGACAAGCAGCACGCGCUCUCGCAAGACUACCGGCCGCCCGAUCUGGUCGAUCUGGACAACCGGGGCCUCACGGUCACGCGACCGUCGAUGCUGCUGCGGGCGCUCGCCCUGCCCGACCUGGUGGCCAUGACGCAGGCGGCGCGCCUGGCCGGCACCGACGUGACCAUCUCAUCGACCUAUCGCUCCUACGCCCGGCAGUCCUUCCUGUUCUCGUCCGCCGUGGAACGCGACGGCCUGGGCAGGCGUCGCGUCUCGUGGCGCGGCCGGGUCACUCGCAGCACCAGCUCGUGCCGUGGAGGAUGGCACGGAUACCAGUACGAGCCGUGGCACUUCCGCUACCUGGGACGCGCCGGCACGGAGCUGGAACGUCGCUUCUUCGGCGUCCAGCAAGUGUUCCUCACCCACUACCGCCACCUGAUGCCCGCCCUGCAGGCCGGCUCAGCGUCUGCCGAGAACCCGACAUCCUUGCGCGUCGACCGACGUGCCGAACGCGGCCACGAUCUGGCUCACCCGCGAAAGGCGGCGGGCAGGCCCGACCGGUUGACGCUGGUCGGAGUUCAAGCGGCCGCCCCACGCAGCGGGCCAGGCAGCAGAGGAAAAGGAUCGUCCGGGACACGAACCCCCACCGUGCCGCCGCCCGCCGGCACGCGGCCGAUACGACUGCGUCAGCGCGCGCGGGGCAGGAAAAACGCAGGAGGCGUUCAGGGCAGACUCCCCGACGCCCACCCCGCAGCGCCACAGCCAGCUCCGAUCGGGGAUCAGUACCAGGAGCGGGCGAUCCUCCGCGCGGCUCUUGGUCCGCCGGAUCCUCGCCUCGGCCGCGGGGGCGGCGCCGACGAUGCCGUAGAUGGUGUCACCGGCCAAGGAUCGCAAACGCACGACGUCAGCGUUACGUUCGACAGCAGAUCGGCAUGA